AUGGCUGAAACAGAGCUAUUACGGUUUGACAGGUUUAAGGAGGUGGUGGAAAAAGCGCUUGAUCAGUGCGUCAAAACAUUGACCCUGGAAAAGCUCGUUUCGUGCUAUCCAAUGUAUCAGGCAGAUGAGGGAAGAAGUGCAUUGGAAACGGCGAGAGAACAGAUAGUGGAAUACUUCAGGAGCACAUGCAUGUCUGAGUUUGAGCUGAUAUACCAGGAGCGUGACUUGAAGAACAAGCUGGAUUCGCUGGAUAAGCUCAUUAACAAAGCGAAAGCGCGCUCCGUUGAGCCUGGUAGCGAGCCGUUGUUUUUAAGUGGAAUGGCACCUAUCCAGAUUUUGGAAGCAAAACUGUUAAAGUCAAGACUAGAAGUGAAGGCGAAGCAGGAGCGCUUACUGGAGUCCCUGGAAAAAGACGUGAUUGGUCUCUAUGGGGAGCUGAACAAGAAGAAGAAGGAAUUGAGCGAUACAGUGGAGUCCAUCAACGAUUCGAUGUCGUUUUUAAGGGAUCUGAACGUGGAAGUGGAGGAAUUAGAAGAUUCAAAGGUGGACAAGCUUUUCAAGUUUGUGGUGGACCGCGAUCUGGAGCAAUUGUAG